AUGUUGCACGAAGACCCAAACAGAUCACAAACAACCAUUUGCUUGCCUUCGCCAUCUCCAGCAAAGCGAGCUUCAACAUACCUACCUAAAGCAGGCCCGAAAGCUUUAGAAGAAUCGAACCAAGAUCCAUUCUAUCUGGAGAAGUCGCUGGCUGCGACACCAAACUUUGAACAAUAUACCCCGACUAUUCGCGAUGAUAGAUUUAGCGGAGACAAUAGCCUGUACUACACACUUUCUUUGACCAACGGGAGAGACCUUCCAGAUCAUCAGCAGGAGUCAUCACAAUAUACCGGUCCUGAUCGCUCCACUCUCGCGCAAAUUCAAUUGGAAAACAGCUUGAGAUUCCACCGCUACACAUCUUCAACAGAAGAACAUCGACCGCUGCACAGCAGCCAGGAGUCAUUCAGCUCAGUGCAAUCUGACACCACUGUCCCGGAUCUGACCCCGAGCAGCUCAUUCUCAUCCACAUACUCUUCCCCAUCCUGCCCUGACGCUGUGCUCAAGGCAACAGAGAAGCUCUACCAGCACGCACACCAGGUCCAGAUCGAGCCUCGUCGGGCAUACAACGAACAAGCUUCGACACCUCCCAAAUACUCUCUUCCUCCCCCUCCUCCUGUGGCCGCCUUGACACCGGUCACUCGUCCUACUACUCCUGCCGAUUCUUUCAACAACUCCACAUCCACUAUCACAAUGAAGUACGAGACAUCCAGUAUGUCCUCAUCCUCAAGAAGACGGCAAAAGGCACACCCUACACUGCCCAACCUAUCCAAUGCCUCUAGCUCUAUGAGCUCCCGCAGGAAACAGUCCAGCCCUGGAACACGGCCUCCAUUGGACCCAUCUAUGAUCUCGCCUCCAUGCUUGAUCAAUCCUGUGACCAUGGAGCCGCAUGCCACUCACUUUGACCAAGCCUUGUUCAUUCCUGCCAAUGAUGGCGCAAGCCCUAUUCCUAGCCCUGUGGCUAGCUCUCCUCCUAUCUCUCGCCAGUGGACUGCUACUUCCAUGGAACGUCCAUCCAUCUCCACCAUGGAUGCUUACUGUGAGCAGUCUGUCUGGGAAUCUGACUCAGACAACGAGUCAAUCAGCAACAAGUCUCUCUCCCGCAAACCUAUCGAUACUCUGCGCAAAGUGCGCAGUCGCGCUAAGCUUCGUGCGGCUAAGUCUCAGCCUCGCCUUCGUCAAGCCGUGCUCGAUGACCACACUCAAGAACGAUUCCCAUGCAUGCCAGACGAUGCACUUGGCGAGCUAGAUCCUUUCCGCGGUGCCAGCCUAGACCGUCCUAGCACUGGUCGACCAAGCAUCAGCCGUCCUAGCACAAGUCGGGAUGGCACAAGAUCGCACCCCUUGCAGACUCUCCGCCUCGUUGCGCCAUCAACCGCCUCCCUGAUCAAGCCUCGCUCCCAACACAACAGUCUCCACGACAGCGCUAACGAGUCCGAAAUGGACUGGACUGCUGCUGCAGCCAUGCAAGCUCAAUACCGCCGCCGCCAACGAUCAGACACACCCGAGUUCGUCAAGCCAGAGAAGGAGCAGCUCACUUCUAUGUGCUACGAGCAACACUCCCCAGCUACCCUCCAGGACCCAACAGAACAGAAGCCAUUCUUCCGCCGGAUGCUGGACUCCCUCCGCUCCCUUAACUGCGCCCGCCCCAUGAAAUCCAACACGACUUCUACUAUUUGA